UGGCGUCGUGUCGACUUCGGGGCGCGAUUUUAGUUUCUGCACAUUAGUGCCUCGAAACGGACGUGUUUUUCACCAACUCUUUCCGACAUUGCCAGAAAACGAACGCGUGCGCGUCUUGGAAGAAAGUUGUUUCGGGUGGUUUUUUGUUGUUGUUGUUGUUUGGAGAUUUGUCGUCAUUUCGAUUCCGGGUUUGUUGCUUGUCGAGCAUCGAAGUCUUUCGUUUUUCUUUCCGUCUCGCGUGCUGCAAUGUUUGCUGUCGAAGGCAAUGGGUGGUGAAAAUGGGCACAACGAUCAUCAGCAUCAUCAGUAGCAGCAGUAGCUCAAUGAAUCGAUGAGGAAGAGGUGGCAAAGGAAGAAAGGAAGUUUGCUUAAAUCAGUGCAAGAAGAAAGUGCAAUUGUGGUUUAGUGAGUGAUUUUUCCCGUUGCUUUGGGAGUGUUGUGGCUGCCGGAAGGCCUUCUGCCGUUUUCAAGGCAUCAACUCCGAUGCCCGGCUGCGAAUAUGUAACAAUCGUCAGAGUUGAUGGCAAAAAGCAACUUUGUGCUUCCGAUUCCGAUUCCGGUGCGGCAAGUGAGUUGUACGGGUCGUGCCAAUCAAGCGACGAACCUCCUGCUUCUGCUUCUGUUCCGGGAAAAUUGUUCCCAAAAACUGCACGAAUCGGUACCAUGUGCUUAAGGAGAUCAUGGCAAUUAGUCGUUGCUGUGCUUGCAAUACUGUUGGCGGCCAAGGAAUGUUCGUCGUAUUCAACGAAUGAGUUCGCUGGGUUGACGGAUCGGGAAAUUGUGGAUGUGCUAGUUCGAAGAUGGGCACCCUUGGUAUGGUUGGCGCCGAACGAGAAAUUCCUGCCCGGUUCCGUUUCCACCUUUCUGGAGCACGUGCACGCCGAAAAGGCCAAAAUAGUGACGGUCUAUCCGGGCAACGAGAUAUCCGAUGUGAGCGAGCUGAACCAAUAUCCGCAGUACUACGAUCUGGAAAACGAACUGACUUAUUACGAUCCGACCGUAAGGCAGGCCGGAAAUCGUAACAAACGCAACUUCCGGGAUCCCUCAACCUCGCUGGAUCUGUUGUUCGAUCUACCGAUCGGAAACGAAUCCAAAAAUUGGUACCUGGUCACUAACAACGAUGUCGAGGAGCUCAUAACGGACAAGGGUUCAUUCAUCCAUGGACAGAAUCCGCAAACGGAAAAUGUGCCAAUCUAUGCCGUGGUCAGCACGUGUCGAUCGAUGUCAGACAGUCACAACGAUGCCUCCUCACAAUCAUCGUCGAAUUCGCCACCCUCAAAAUCCGGUCAACAGCAGCAGCAAACAUCGGAUGGUCAAAUGAUGGCUGCGGCUCCUCCUGGCAUGGUUGAUCCAUCGACAGCCACGACGGCUCCGGGGCCAGCGUCUUCCACGGUUCCGAUACAACCGCCAACGACCAAUCCGCCGAUCAUUCCACAACAGCCUGUAGUUAUUCAUCACUUCGGAGGUAACCACAUUGAAAAUGGUCGACCGACAGAAACAUCGUGUGAACCGGUUAACACGUCGCAGAGACCUUUUUGAAGCAAUCAGGUUUCGGAUACGUUUUCCGAUGAUGAUUUAUUUUGGAAAUAUUCAAGUGCAAUUAAAGUAGGUAUCAUGCAAAACAAUAAAUACUAGUUAAAUUUAAUUUUUUUUAUUACUAUUUCAGAAAAUAUCAACCCGAAUGUCUCGUCAAAGUGAGGAAGUCAAUGAUUUUUCGAAGCCGAAAAAUCUUUUUGAACCCAAAUAAGGAGAAAAAGUGACGUUUUUUACGUUGUUUUUUUUUUUAAAUAAAUAAUUGUUUUGUAGAAACAAAGUUGAUUAAUGUUUGAUAUUCCGAAAUUUCACCUAAAAACCUCUACAACGAAAGAUAUUAAUGACCUGAGCAAACAUUUUAAAUUGACUUUGCCAUUCACUUGAAAUUCACUUGAUCGCUCACUUAAGUGAUUUCACUUGACGGUCACUUAAAAUUCACAUGAAUUUACGUAUGGCGCAAAUUCACUCCAGAUGUCACUUACCUUUCAAGUGAAAA